AUGUCCAAAUCGUGGAAGUCAACUUUGAGACUGCCCCGCUCAACUUUUCCGGCGCGACCGAACCCGAAGCUACAACGACAGCAUCUGCUGAGUUGCUCGGACGAAUUCUAUAACUGGCAGUCGUCGCGACCGUCCCAGGACGAGCCUUUUAUUCUUCAAGAUGGCCCUCCAUAUGCAAACGGCCCGCUGCACACCGGGCACGCGAUCAACAAGAUCCUCAAAGAUAUGGUUGUACGAGUACAGGUGCAGAAUGGCCGAAGGGUCGUUUUUCGACCUGGUUGGGACUGCCACGGGCUGCCGAUCGAGAUGAAGGCUCUAGGAACCACAGAAACAAAGGGCCUCUCGAGUGUGGAGGUGCGAAAGCAGGCGCGCAAGUUGGCGACCAAGACGGUCACGGAGCAGAUGAAGGGGUUCCGGUCAUUUGGCGUCAUGUCAGAGUGGGAUAAUAAAUGGACCACCAUGGAUCGGGCAUACGAGAUUCGACAGCUGCGCGUCUUCCAGAAGAUGGUGCGCCACGGGCUCAUCUACAGAAAGCACAAGCCGGUAUACUGGUCGCCAUCAUCCGCCACCGCCCUCGCCGAAGCCGAAUUGGAAUACAAAGACGACCACGUCUCAAAUUGUGCCUAUAUCAAGUUUCCGAUCAGGUCCCACAGCGGCAUCACGGAGCUUCGAGAUUUUGACGUUCCCUUGUACGCAUCGAUUUGGACGACGACGCCGUGGACGCUCCCGGCAAACAAGGCGAUCGGCGUUCACAAUGACAUACUAUAUGCUGUUCUACAGAUGAACGGAUACGGACUUCUUGUUGCUUCAAGUCGAAUCGAAGCUAUCCGCAAAUACAUCCCAGAAGCCGAGAUUAUAGUCGACGACAUCCCGGGUUCGAAGCUGGUUGGUCUGGAGUAUCACAACAAGCUAAGAGGCAUCACCGCUCCUUGGCAGCCUAUAAUCCAUGCAGAUUUUGUCUCUGCUGAUUCGGGUACUGGAUUGGUGCAUCUAGCACCUGGUCACGGGCAAGAUGACUACGAGGUCUGCCUUGCGCACGGCAUUGAGCCGUUUGCGCCCAUCGACCACAAAGGUCGGUUCACAGAAGAAGCAUACCCUGACGAUCCGAAAGUACUCACCUCGGCGCCCUCUAUAUUGGAUGGUGGAAGCUCUUCCGUUCUCGAACUCGUGGCUGAGGAUGUGAUUGCGACUCAUGAGAUUCAGCACAAGUAUCCUUAUGACUGGCGAUCAAAGAAGCCGGUUGUCAUUCGAGCCACUCCACAGUGGUUUGCUGAUGUAGGAAGUAUCAAGGAUGAUGCAUUGAACGCUCUCAAGAAUGUCAAGUUUGUGCCUGAAAAUGGCAGAGCAAGAUUAGAGAGCUUCAUCAAAGGUAGAUCCGAGUGGUGUAUUUCGCGACAGCGUUCAUGGGGUGUACCAAUUCCAGCCCUUUACGACUGUAAUCACAAAGCCAUUAUGGACGCAGAUACUAUUGAGCAUAUCAUCAAUGUGAUGCAGGAGAGAUCAUCGGAUGCGUGGUUCUCGGACAGCCCAGAUGACCCAGUUUGGAUCCCAGAACAUCUCAAAGGCAAAUACUAUCGCGGCUCAUGCACAAUGGAUGUUUGGUUUGACAGUGGUACUAGCUGGACCGAAAUCGAAAAGCAGGUCGACGUCUGUCUUGAAGGCUCAGACCAACAUCGCGGAUGGUUCCAGUCCAGUCUCCUCAGCUAUGUGGCGGCGCAAAAGGCUGAUGGCAAACCUGCGGGCAGCAUUAUUGCUCCGUUUCGAACCCUGAUUACGCACGGCUUCACACUGGACGCGCAAGGAAAGAAGAUGUCCAAGUCGUUGGGCAACACUCUAUCCCCAGAGGAGGUCAUGAACGGCACACUUUUACCACCAGUGAAGCGCAAAGGUAAAGACGCUGGACAGCCUGAUGCUCUAGGGCCUGAUGCUUUACGCUUGUGGGCCGGCAGCUGUGACUUUACCACAGAUAUCCUCAUUGGCCCCAGCAUCCUGCAGCCCGUCCACAACGCGCUUGUUCGGUACCGGACGAUUCUCAAAAUGCUUCUUGGUUCAGUGCACGAGUCCGGCCGCAACACUCCCCUGACCAGGCUCGACCACAUUGCCAUGCUGCAGCUGUCGACGACAAUGGAGCAGGUGUGGGCGGCGUACAACAACCACGAGUUUCACAAGGGUGUAGGUAUCUUGAACCGCUGGGUCGCCACGGACCUGUCGGCAUUUUACCUGGAAGCCCUCAAGGACAGACUGUACUGCGGCGACGGGGGUGGAGCGAUCGAGCCGAUACUGGUUGGCAUGUUGAGGAUGCUGGCCCCAGUAACGCCUGUGCUGGUAGAGGAGGCCUGGGCCAACAGACCUAGCUGGAUGGUCGAGGACAGCCCAAUGGUGCACCCGGCAAGGCAGCUGUACAAGUCACCAGUCAUUGACUCUGGGCGCUUAAAGUAUGACGAGCAAAAGCUACGCGAGGACAUUCCCAAACUCUUUGCCGUGCACGAGGCUAUCAAGGCCGGGCUGGAGCCGGCACGGCUGGCCAAGGAAGUGGGCAGCUCGUUGCAGUGCUCGGUCAUUGUCACGACAGAGGAUGCCGGCCUGGUCUCGUGUCUGGCGGAGUACCAGGACGAGCUAGACGCCAUCUUUGUGGUGUCGUCGGUUUCAGUGAAUAGCGCGCUGCCCGAGCAGCCGGCGUGGCGCUACACCACCGCCAUUGGCGGUGACGAGUCCCGAGGCAAGGUGCAUGUGUUGCCGCCGGCGCAGGCCAAGUGCUCGCGAUGCUGGCGGUACCAGGCCGAAGAGGAAGACGGGCUGUGCGGGCGAUGCGAGACCGAAGUCAAGAAGCAUGAGGACAAGGUAUAG